AUGUUGGCCUGUCUUUCACCAGAGCUGUUUGACUACUCCACUGCCCGUGCAAGCACUUUUGAACUAUCUAACUUAUUGGGCACUCAAUUCAUCAAUGCCUACGUGGGACUCAUAGCAAACCAGAAGCUCCAAACUGAACUAUACAUUCUGGCCUACUUGCUCAAAGAUCGAGUUUAUACUGGCGAUCUUUGGGAACUGAUUGGGGAGCGCAGUAUAGAGGCGAAGCAGGAGGAAAGCUUACGCCGACACCAGAUCACCUGUGGGGGUGUGAAUGAGGGAAGGCAUGUGAUUGUAGAGCGAUUUCUCAUGGAAGAGAGGAAGAAACAGUGUCAAAUGGAGGUGUCUUUGUACUCCCAGGCUAUCGAAAACUUGGAACAACUCCGCAUGCCAUAUAUGGGAGUUCUAUCCAAGCACAAUAUCAGGACCCCCUCAGCAACCUUGAAGCAUGCAACUGCACAUUUACCCUGCGCACCAUUACCCUGCGCACCUUUGGCCUGCUGGAUUGCUACGCAAGAGAUGUAUAAAGCUUGGCUAACGAGAAACGGCGCGCACCUCGAACCAGCUGCGGAGCCUUCAGUCAGAAAUUCCUCACCUUUGGAAGGCUCCACCCCUUCGGUUCUCGGUCCGCCUCCCGCCGCGUGGGACAGACGAACAAUGUCCAAUAACUUGCACCAUAUUGGCCCUCCAUCACUCCUGCUCAGUACAUGGAUCACCGCUGACGUCCAAGAUACCUUUUUCAAGGCAUUCCAAACUGAGCUGGACAUGCAGUCAGACCUGAUGACGAAAUCUCUUGUUGCGAGGCGUAGCAACGCCUAUUUACGCAAUCCUGGGCUGGAUCUACUCAUCCUGCAAGCCAAGAGGCAUCACGUCCACGCUGAGAUAGAGCUAUAUACAUUAGCUAUUGAAAAUACACACGCAUUUAACUGUGACCAUAGUUCACGAACAUCCUGGGAUCAAAUCAUCCCACGACAUAUACUUCCCAGGAAUCGCUGGGAAGCGCUAGUCCCCGAUUUCAAGCUUCAAUGUUUCAACGUUCAACGUUGCAACUUCGAAGUUCAAGAAAUGACGAUAGAUCAAUUGGUAGCAAACAAUGUGUCAUGUAGCGCCGUUCCAGAAAAUGCCGGAGAUAUACUUUCGUCCAAAUCGGGAUGUGCUCUUAGAUGCGAGAAGUCAAAGCAACGAAACAUGAACAAUAACGCUAAUGAUAAUGGAGGAGACAGUAAUCAAAAUGGAGGAGAUGGCAAUCAAAAUGGGAACCGUGAUCACCAGAUUCCUGAACGCGAUUUGCAAAUCAUACCAAGGCCUCGCAAUGUGCAGUUCACGCUGACGGAAGGACAACACGAACUUAUGUACGUUACAUGGGCCGGCGCACGACUCCGUGUGCGCCAACAACUGUAUCACCCCGACUUGCCAAUUCAGCCCCAUCCUCAGCCUCCGCACUGGUCAGAAGAAACGCGCGCGAUGCUGGUGCUCUGGAUUGCUAGGGAGCGCCGAAUUUUCGAGAUGGAGAUGCGAGAAUUAGAAUACCUUCUGGGACUUAGAGACCAUACGCAUGAAGAGGGAAGUUCUAAGAGACUAGGGAUGAGUUAA